GACUUAUGCGAGUUUGGAGAAGAUGUUGCAUAAGGCAAUUCAUGCUGUUCGGAAACUCAAAAGGAAGGAAAACACCAACACUUCUCCAGCACCAAAACAGCAAUGUGCUUCAAAUGCCAUAGGAUCGGUCAUUAUGCUAACAAGUGUCAAAAGCAGAAACCGUUGGUGACUUUGGAGAAAGUUGAAACCGAGCCAGAAAAGGAAGAUCAUUUGCCAAUCUUCGAUGACUAUGAACAUGAACCGAAGGAAGGAUCAGAUGGAGAGCAAAACCAUGAUCAUCAAGAAGGAUCUUCUUCCAUUCAAAAACUGGACCAAACUCAAGGUGAGCAUUGUGCUGAUUAUAAUUCUUUUGCUUAUAAUCCUUUUCCUUUUAAUGUUUCAGAUUUGAGGACAAAUCUUUUUGAAGAGGGAGAGUAUGAUAGAACCAAAAUCAAGCACCGUCCUUUUUGUUUCAAGGACACGACCCGAAGUGGCGAUCUUGUCAACCAGCUCGACCAAACCAAGGUUUCUCCACCAGCUCGUGCUGAUCACACCGACCAAGCCGCACAUUCUAAGACCCACGGUCGAGCCAGACUUAGCUUGGGUCGUGAGGAAACCGAAGACGGAUAUGCAUUCUCAUCCGGACAGUCCCGCACGUGUCCUUAUCUUUAUCCCGUGCAUCCAUCUUGUUCGAAUGCAUCUAGACACUUGGACGAAUCUUGACUGGUCAACAUUAGAGUCCGCACUUUUGACUGGUCUUCAUCAAAAUCACCAACCUUGACCAAGACUACAUUAUUUUUCGCACAUUUGACUCCCUUUAAUAAUUCUAGUCAAAUGUUGUAUUUCCUAUGCAUCUUUUUCCGCACUUUUUUAUUUCUUUCUUUGACUACAAACACUAUAAAUAUGUAGUCUCAUUCAUGAAUAAAAUCAGUUCAAUUUGGUUGUUUAUUUUUGUUCUUCUUCUCUGAGUGAGAGAGAGUUCUUUAGCUAGUUCAUCGGUUUGAACCGGCUUGUUGAUUUGGUGGUCAGCCAAUCAUCUUUGUGUGUUAUUUGGUGGUUAGCCAACGCACUACAUCCGCUCUUUGGUGGUUAGCCUUAGAUCGUGGGUAUAUCAAGAGC